GGCCACCAGUGGCACCGGUGGCACCAGGGACACCAGGGGCACCGGUGGCACCAGGGGCACCAGGGGCACCAAUGGCACCAGUGACACCAGUAGCACCAGUGGCACCAGGGGCACCAAUGGCACCAGUGGCGCCAGUGACACCAGUUACACCAGUGGCACCAGUGACACCAGGGGCACCAGGGGCACCAGUAGUACCAGUUACACCAGUGGCACCAAUGGCACCAGUGACACCAGUGGCACCAGUGGCGCCAAUGGCACCAGUGGCACCAGUGACACCAGUGGCACCAGUGGUACCAGUGGCACCGAUGGCAGCAGUAGCACCAGUGGCACCAGUGGCACCAGGGGCACCCUCCGGCAGCAGUGA